AUGCACCUCAACAACGCCCCCCGAUUCACAUACUCUACCUCUACCUCAGCAGACCCCAUCCUCUCCUCCUCCACCUGGACCGACAUUCUAACGCCCGAGUUCCUCGCGCACAAAGACCAGCCCAGAACCCCCGACGCACCGACCUGGUGGCUUGAUGUUCGCGAUGCCACGGAGCAGGACGUCGAGGUGCUCUCGCAGGCAUUGAAUAUCCAUCCCCUCACGGUGGAGGAUAUCGUGACCCGCGAGACGAGGGAGAAGGUGGAGGUGUUUCGGAAUUAUUAUCUGAUUUCGUUCCAGACGCUGGUUACGUUUUUGGAUGAGAAUGGGGAUGAUGAUCAUGAGGAAGGAGAGGAGGGAGGUGUUGGGGGAGGUCAAGGGGCAGGGGAUGAGAAAGAAGAGAAGAAGAGGAAGAAAAAGGAGAAGAAGGAGAAGAGUCUGUUUCAUGUGCCGACUAUCACGUCUAAGACGCCCGCUUCGGCGGUGUUCUUCAUUCUGGUGUUUAAUACCGGGACGGUCACUUUCUCGCCGAGUGGGUGCAGCCAUGUUCGGAGGGUUAGGGAUCGCGUGAGGAAACUUCAUGAUGAGACUGUCUUGUCGAGUGACUGGAUUUGUUAUGCUUUGAUCGACGACAUCGUCGACUCCUUCGAACCCUACCGCCACUCGGCGGAGCUCGAAUCCGAAUCCAUCGAAGACUCCGUCUUCAUCGCGCGCUUCGACGACGUAAAAUCCCUAAUCCCGCGCAUCGACAACCUCCGCAAACGCAUCACGCACCUCAUCCGCUGCCUCACCGGUAAACUCGACGUUCUGAACGGAUUCGUCAAACGCUGCCAAGCCAAAGACAAGAACCCCGUCUUCCCAGAUGGAGACUUCAUCCUGUACCUUGGUGACGUGCAAGAUCAUCUCGUGACGACAUUGCAGAGUCUGUCGCAUUUCGAUGAGAUUGUGAGUCGGUCGCAGUCGAAUUGUUUGGCGCAGUUGAGUGCGAAUAAUUUGCGGUUGAGUUUGAAUAUUAAUUCGGUGUUGAGUAAGGUUACCGUGCUCGCGACGAUCUUUGUGCCGAUGCAUGUUGUGACGGGGUUGUUUGGGAUGAAUGUGGAGGUGCCGGGGCAGGAGGCCGCUUAA